CUUAUCCAAUGCUUGUGAGUUAGGGGUUGGACCUGUCUAGACGUAGAGGGAAAGAUAUAAAGACUCCUGUUAUCUCCUUCAAUGAAGACCAACAACGCUGGAAAGUCAGAGACAAUCACUUUUCUUAGUUGACUUUUACCAUUCUCCAUCUUUCUACCAUGCAGCUCAAGAAUGCGAUUCAUCUCACCGUCUUUGGAAGCGCCAUCCUAGCCCUUGCUCACCCCGGGCAUCACGAGGAGCGCGACUCAGCACCUGUGAUGGCAUACAAGAGAGACGUCGGGCAUGGACUGGCGAACUGUGCCAGCCAGCUAGAGGCCAGUGGUCUUCAAGCCCGUUCCGAAGCGCGCCGUAAAGCAACAGUCCAGCUACACCGUCGACAGUUGGUCACCCGCGACACCGAUGCCGUGCUGAAUAAAUCACAUCAGGCAACCCAUGCCGUGUCGCCUUCUAUGUCUCCUACUGAAAUUUUCAAGGACACGACUCAGAAGGCUUGCAUUCUCGGCCCAACUGCCGAGGGGGAAACCGGUCCAUACUGGAUCCCCGGCGAGCGAGUACGGUCUGAGAUCCGCGAAGCGCAGCCCGGAGUCCCAGUUAUUCUCGAACAGCAGUAUAUUGACGUCGAAACAUGCAAGCCUAUUCCGCGCCUCUAUGCUGAACUCUGGGGCUGCAAUGCCACUGGGGUUUACUCCGGCCUGGUUGCAGACGGUAAUGGCAACUCCAAUGACCUGAACAAUCGGAACCGCACCUUUCUUCGUGGCAUUCAGGAAACUGACAUAGACGGUAUUGUCACCUUCGAUACUCUCUUCCCGGGCCACUAUGAUGGACGCACCACGCAUUACCAUAACAUUGCCCAUUUUGGUGCGAAACGUCUGCCAAACAACACCAUUGCCGGUGGGACAGUAGGACACGUCGCUCAAAUAUUCUGGGACCAGGACCUCAUCGACCAAGUCGAAUCAACCUAUCCGUACAGUACCAACAACAUUCCCAUCACACUUAACUCCGUGGAUCGGGUCGUCAGCCAGGAGACGGAGAACAGUAACUCUGACCCCAUGCUCAACUACGCAUUCCUUGGAGACAACAUCGAAGAUGGAGUCUUUGCCUGGAUCACCGUGGCUGUCAACCUCUCGGCCGUGCACUAUCCAUACUACACCAACGUUUACACGGCCGAAGGAGCGGUGGAGGUGGAAGGCACUUCGGAUGGUGACCCUAGGGCUGUUGAUGGCGGCCUUCCUCAGAGCUCUGCGGCAUAG